AUGUCUGCUCCCGCCACCAAGUUCAAGGUCGCUGACCUCUCUCUUGCUGCCUUUGGCCGCAAGGAGAUUGAGCUCGCCGAGAACGAGAUGCCCGGUCUCAUGUCCAUUCGUCAGAAGUAUGCCGCCGACCAGCCCCUCGCCGGUGCCCGCAUUGCUGGCUGCCUUCACAUGACCAUCCAGACCGCCGUCCUCAUCGAGACCCUCACUGCCCUCGGCGCCGAGGUCACCUGGACCAGCUGCAACAUCUUCAGCACCCAGGACCACGCCGCCGCCGCCAUUGCCGCCGCCGGUGUCCCCGUCUUUGCCUGGAAGGGCGAGACCGAGGACGAGUACAACUGGUGCCUCGAGCAGCAGCUCUCUGCCUUCAAGGACGACAAGAAGCUCAACCUCAUCCUCGAUGACGGUGGUGACCUGACCUCCCUCGUCCACUCUAAGUACCCCGAGCAGCUCAAGGACUGCUACGGUGUCUCCGAGGAGACCACCACUGGUGUUCACCACCUCUACCGCAUGCUCAAGGACGGCAAGCUCCUCGUCCCCGCCAUCAACGUCAACGACUCCGUCACCAAGUCCAAGUUUGACAACCUCUACGGCUGCCGCGAGUCCCUCAUUGAUGGUAUCAAGCGCGCUACCGAUGUCAUGAUUGCUGGCAAGGUCGCCGUCGUCGCCGGAUUCGGUGAUGUUGGCAAGGGCUGCGCCAUGGCCCUUCACGGUAUGGGUGCCCGUGUCAUUGUCACCGAGAUUGACCCCAUCAACGCCCUCCAGGCCGCCAUGGCCGGCUACCAGGUCAUCCCUAUGGAGAAGGCUGCUACCAUUGGUCAGAUCUUCGUCACCACCACCGGCUGCCGUGACAUUCUCACUGGCGUUCACUUCGAGGCCAUGCCCAACGAUGCCAUUGUCUGCAACAUUGGUCACUUCGACAUUGAGAUUGACGUUGCCUGGCUCAAGAAGAACGCUUCCUCCGUCCAGAACAUCAAGCCCCAGGUUGACCGCUUCCUGAUGCCCUCUGGCCGCCACAUCAUCCUCCUGGCCGAGGGUCGUCUUGUCAACCUUGGCUGUGCCACUGGCCACUCUUCCUUCGUCAUGUCUUGCUCCUUCACCAACCAGGUCCUUGCCCAGAUUGCUCUCUACAAGGCCAAGGAUGAGGCUUGGGGCAAGAAGUACGUUGAGUUCGCCAAGACUGGCUCUCUCGAGCUUGGCGUCCACGUCCUCCCCAAGAUCCUCGACGAGGAGGUCGCUCGUCUCCACCUUGCCCACUGCCAGGUCGAGCUCAGCACCCUCACCUCCGUCCAGGCUGAGUACCUCGGCCUCCCCGCCGAGGGUCCUUUCAAGAGCGACAUCUACCGCUACUAA